AUUGAGAGUGUGAGGAGGCUGCGUAUCGAUCCCGCUCUCACAGCCAUCGUGGUGCACCGGGCUACACAGGGACCCAGGCAGCGCUGGGGCUGGGCGGGCGGCCAGGGUAGCGUCUCUGGGGCUCAGGACCGAGCUAGGGCUGCGUGCCGACUGUGACACCGAAAAUCAUCCAAAAUGGGCAAAGGCAAUCCUAAGAAGCCGAGAGGUAAAAUGUCUUCAUAUGCCUUCUUUGUGCAAACCUGCCGGGAGGAGCACAAGAAAAAACAUCCAGAUGCUUCAGUGAACUCUUCAGAGUUCUCAAAAAAGUGCUCAGAACGGUGGAAGACUAUGUCUUCUAAGGAGAAAGGGAAGUUUGAAGAUAUGGUAAAGGCCGACAAGCUUCUUUAUGAAAAAGAAAUGAAAAACUAUGUACCACCUAAGGGGGAAACAAAAAAGAAGUUCAAGGAUCCAAAUGCACCGAAGAGGCCUCCUUCGGCUUUUUUCUUGUUUUGCUCUGAGUUUCGUCCAAAAAUCAAAGGAGAACAUCCUGGUCUGUCCAUUGGGGAUGUUGCAAAGAAACUGGGAGAGAUGUGGAACAACACUGCUGCAGAUGAUAAACAGCCUUAUGAAAAAAAGGCUGCCAAACUGAAGGAGAAGUAUGAAAAGGAUAUUGCUGCAUACCAGGCCAAAGGGAAGGUUGAUGCAGGCAAAAAAGUAGUUGCCAAGGCUGAGAAGAGCAAGAAGAAGGAGGAGGAGGAAGAUGAGGAUGAGGACGAAGAGGAGGAAGAUGAUGAAGAAGAGGAGGAGGAUGAAGAUGAUGAUGAUGAAUAAGUCUCUUUUAGAGCAAUUUCUUUCUUGUCUAUAAAGCAUUUAACCCCCCUGUACACAACUCACUCCUUUUAAAGAAAAAAAAAAAGAAAAAAAAAAACAAAA